AUGGUGUCUUCGCCUCCCGCAAUACAAUACGUCUUGGUGACUGGUGCCACCGGGUUUAUCGGUGCACACGUUGUCGACCAACUUCUGUCGCGUGGUAUGAAAGUCCGCGGGGCUACUCGAUCAUUAUCGAAGGGAAAGGCUAUGAUUGAUGCGAGGCCUGAGUUUCGAGAGAAGCUUGACUUCAUUCAGGUUGACGAUUUUGAGAGUCCGGGGGGGUUUGAAGAAGCCAUUCAGGACGUUGACGCCGUUAUUCAUGUGGCAAGUCCUUUCACGUAUGACACCAAGGACAAUGAGAAGGAGUUGGUUACACCAGCGAUCAACGGUGUUGACUCUAUCCUCAAAGCGGCGGCUUCUUCACUGAAAGUCAAGCGCGUCGUCAUCACAUCUUCCUUUGCAUCCGUCCUUGAUGCUAGGCGCAAGGCACCGCCGUACUUCACUUACACCGGCGACGACUGGAACCCUUUAUCAUACGAAGAGUCGGUUGACCCAGAGACAAGUGCUGUAAUAGCAUACCGUGGAUCCAAGAAGUUUGCAGAACUCAAAGCUUGGGACAUCGUGACUAAAGAGAAACCCUCCUUCGACCUAGUCACCCUUUGCCCGCCCAUGACGUUUGGUCCCAUACGCCACCCCGUUACGAGCGUCGACGCGCUGAAUGAGUCAAACAAGAUGCUCUUCAAAAUAGCCUGCGGCGAGUCUCCGCUCCCGGUCGCCAGGGUCCCGUUCUGGAUCGACGUUCGCGACCUUGCCAAAGCUCACGUGGAGGCACUUUUGCGGCCUGAGGCUGGCGGAAAGCGAUAUAUCCCAGCGUCCCCUGAGAGAUUUACAUACAGCAAGGCUGCCACCAUCAUUGGAUCACAUUUUUCCUGGGCGGCAGAUAAUGUGUCGAAAGAGGUGCAGGCUCCCGAUGAGUCUCAUGGCGUGGAUGGGGAGACGGCUGGUCGGGAAUUAGGUCUUGAUUACAAACCUUUUACAAGAACUGUUAUAGACUUGAUCACGCAGGUAAAGGAUAUGCGUUAG